AUGACUCAAAUGGCUUAUGGUGUCAGGCCUCGAGACCGGUCUCGGCUUAACCUUGUAGUGACUGCGGUGUUCCUGGCCCUGGCGAGUUUCCUCUCUAUUAUUCGAGUUUGCGUCCGAUUCACCACAGGCUUUGUCGUCGACGACUAUAUCAUCUUGAUUGUCAUGGUCGGCGCGACGGCUGUUUCAAUAAUAGAUCUAGCAUGUGAGUGGUUUAUCUUUUUGAUCUCGGCUGGCCAGCACAUUAUUCACUUUGCAGCCAUACACCUAGCUGUAGGAAGAGACAUCUGGACGAUCCCGCCACGGCAGAUUGAUGACCCUUUAAAAUUUUUCUACACGAGCGAGCUCAUAUACAUUGCAGUCCAGCAGCUGACGAAAUUCGCCGUGCUCGCCUUCUAUGUGAGACUCUUUCCGCAACAAUACGUUCAACGAGGUGCAUAUGCAUUGAUGGCGCUAUGUGUGCUAUAUCCGUUGGCAUUUGAAUCUGUCACAGCCUUACAGUGCACCCCGGUAUCGUACUUUUGGCGAAAAUGGCGCAGCCCUGGCAAAGGUUGGUGCAUCAAUGUCAAUGCUACUGUAUGGGCUGGCGCAGCCAUCAACAUCACUUUGGACAUUGUCAUCUUGGUUAUGCCUCUACCUGCGAUCAAGAACCUCGCAAUGACCAAAAAGCAAAAGCUGCAAAUUCUCUCCAUGUUUGGAGUCGGGGCGUUCGUCACUAUCGUCAGCAUUCUUCGGCUUCAGUCAUUAGUCUCGUUCGGAAGACAGCAGAACUUAUCCUGGGGCUUACUACCCGUCACAAUUUGGAGCUUAAUCGAGCUGGACGUGAGCAUCAUUUGUGUCUGCAUGCCAGCAAUGCGCGUCUUCUUACGGAGGACUUGGCCCCUCGUAUUGAGGUCGACUACUUGUUGCUCACAAGGCAUCAUGGCUCAACCCUGGUCCACCACUUAG